GCAUGCAAGUUAAGUACAGUCAAAGCUUGUAGCUGGCCAAACAAUGGAUAUCAUUACACUUCUCUCUUCACCUGUAUUUAUUAUCCAAUAGCGCAAACAAUCUGCAGGUUUGUUCAACCUCCUUUCAUCAACUCAAACUCCACCUAUCUCUCAUCUCACCAUCAUCACUUUAAGCCUCUCUCUUCUUCUUCUUCACUCCAUCUUUUCCACCCAUUCUGAUGAUCAUAAUGAGCUCCGAAAACCCCCAGAUUAUGGCUUCGCAGCCUUUCCACACUACCCCUGAGGAGGACCCAAUCGUCAUUUUCUCCACUUCCAACUCCAGCUCCCCCGCCAAAGACUCCACCGCCAGCCAAUCCUCCUCCUUCGUCUCCUCGCCGCCGCGUCAGCCCCCCGCCGCCGCUCCGGCCUACGAGCUCCGAGUUCGGAGCCUCUCCCACAGCAUAGACCCCAACGAAUCCCUCAUUUUUCGCCGUUUCAAGAAACAGAAACCCAUCGUCAAGAUUCUGAAAUCCGUUUCGUUUGUUGCGCGAAGCUCGGAGAUUCUGGCCGUUACGGGGCCCAGCGGGACCGGGAAAUCCACGCUCCUCCGCAUCAUAUCCGGCCGCGUGAGGGACAAAGACUUCGACCCGAAGACGAUAUUUCUUAACAAUUGGGCUGUGUCCAGGCCGGCUCAGCUGAGGAACAUAUGCGGGUUUGUGGCCCAGGAAGAUGAUCUUCUUCCCCUGUUAACUGUAAGGGAAAGCCUUAUAUUUAGUUCAAAAUUUCAGCUAAAAAACUCGACCCCGAAGGAGAGGGAAGAGCGAGUGGAGAGGCUAAUGCAGGAGCUGGGGCUUGUCCAUGUGGGGAAUAACUUUGUUGGGGAUGAGGAACAGAGAGGGAUUUCAGGUGGGGAGAGAAAGAGAGUCUCAAUUGGCAUAGAAUUAAUCCAUGACCCUUCGAUUCUCCUCCUAGAUGAACCCACUUCCGGGCUAGACAGCACCUCAGCUCUCCAGGUAAUCGAAAUGCUCUCAUCAAUGGCCACAUCUAAACACAGAACCAUAAUUUUAUCCAUUCAUCAGCCCAGCUAUAGAAUCCUCCAUUAUAUCUCCAAUAUCCUAAUUCUCUCCCAUGGCUCUGUGGUCCACUCUGGCUCUCUGGAGCUUCUUGAGGAAACCAUAAACCAAAUGGGGUUUCAAAUUCCCCUGCAGCUAAAUGCCCUGGAGUUUUCCAUGGAAAUUAUUUCUGAUUUGGAAGCUCAUUCGACCGCCCAAAACAUUAACUCUGCAGCCUAUCUGAGGUGGGAAGAAGCCAUAAAUCAUGACCAGGACAAAGAGAUUAUUGGAAUUGGGGACUAUAAACAUGGAUCAUCAAAUGAGUCAUGGUUUACAAGUUUGUUUGAAAUAGCAGUGCUCUGUUCAAGGUUUUGGAAGAUAAUUUACAGAACAAAGCAGCUUUUAUUGGCAAGAACUAUGCAGGCUAUUGUGGGGGGGUUAGGGUUAGGAAGUGUGUAUAUUAAGGUGAAAAAUGAUGAAGGUGGGGUUGCAGAGAGGUUAGGGCUUUUUGCAUUUAGUCUCAGUUUUCUACUCUCAUCCACAGUUGAAGCCCUCCCAAUUUACCUCCAAGAACGCAGAGUCAUAAUGAAAGAAGCCUCAAGAGCAUCCUACAAAAUCUCAUCAUACAUGCUAGCCAACACCCUCAUCUUCCUCCCUUUUCUCUUCGCAGUUGCCAUUCUUUUCGCCAUCCCGGUUUACUGGAUGGUGGGCCUCAACCCCUCCCUCCUGGCCUUCGCCUUCUUCACCCUCGUCGUGUGGCUCAUCGUGCUCAUGGCGAGCUCGUUGGUCCUCUUCCUCAGCGCCAUCUCCCCCGACUUCAUCUCGGGCAACUCCCUCAUCUGCACCGUGCUCGGGGCCUUCUUCCUCUUCUCGGGCUACUUCAUACCCAAAGAAUGCAUCCCCAAGUACUGGAUUUUCAUGUACUAUGUUUCCCUCUAUAGGUACCCUUUGGAUGCUUUGCUCACCAAUGAGUAUUGGAGCUUGAGGGACAAGUGUUUUUCUUGGAGUGGGGAGGAUGAGUCCAAGUGUUUGCUUACUGGGAAUGAUGUGUUGAAGAGCAAGGGGCUUGAUAAGGAUACUAGGUGGGAAAAUGUUGGGGUCAUGCUUGCAUUUUUUGUGUUUUAUAGGAUCAUAUGUUGGAUUAUCCUUGCUAGAAAGGCAGCAAAAACAACAAUAUAGCAAGCUAGAGUUGUUGUACUUAUUGCUUGUUUAGAUCUUGGAUCAAGAGAUUAGGGGUGUCCUUGUGAUGUAGUGGAAUUCAUUAUACCUUUGUAUGUAUUCUUCCAAUGUCAUUUUUACUUUCUUGUGUGUAGAUAAAAGGAGUUAAUUCAAA